CGCACACCCCGCCUCAUGGAAUGUCAUGACGGUGCCGAGCGGGGCGGCUUGGCCGUGGAGUUCGCCGGAACCGCGCCGAGCAUUCGGGGCGAUGGCGGCAACGGGCGGCUGAAAGGCUCCUGCCGGCCCGGGGAGGCCGCCGCCCCCGCCCCCGCCCCUAACCCCACCCCCGGCCCUGGUGCUGCUCCGAGUACCGGGACACACCUGGGCUGGGAGGAGAGUGACAAGGUGCAGGACGCCGCUGUUACGGAGAAAGUGAGGGACGAGGGAGACCAGAAAAACUUGGUAAACAAGAUGGGCGAGCUGUGCGCUGACGCUGAGAGUGACUUAGCUAAAGGAGCCCUGCCUGGCCUGCCACAGCCACAGCAACCGCCCGCGCCGCAGACGGACGCUCAGAUCCAGGAGAAAAGCAGCCCUAGUAAAAUCCCUGAGGGUGACCAAAAUCAUAGUGCCAGUGACCAAAGCCUGCCUGGAGAAUCGCAAAGCAUUGACUCAUUAGAGUCCUUUUCGAAUCUGAACUCCUGCCCGAGCUCUGACUUGAACAGUGAAGGAGCUGAAGACCGGGCUCUGGCUCUUGCUUUACAAACUGAAGAGUAUAAUAGCAAGGAUGGUGUAGCCAAACCAUCUAGUUCGAAGGAGAGAUUCCCCGGACAGUCAGUCUAUCACAUUAAGUGGAUCAAGUGGAAAACCGAAAACACGCCCAUUAUUACACAGAAUGAAAAUGGCCCUUGUCCAUUGCUGGCAAUUAUGAACGUUCUUCUUUUAGAAUGGAAGAUUAAACUUCCACCUAUGAUGGAAAUUAUAACAGCAGAACAGUUAAUGGAAUACUUGGGUGACUACAUUCUCGAUGCAAAGCCAAAAGAAAUCAAUGAUGUUCAGAGAUUAAACUAUGAGCAGAACAUGAGUGAUGCAAUGGCCAUUCUACACAAGCUGCAGACAGGACUCGAUGUAAACGUGAAGUUUACUGGUGUACGAGUGUUUGAAUACACACCCGAGUGCAUCGUGUUUGAUCUUCUUGAUAUUGCACUUUACCAUGGCUGGUUGGUGGACCCACAAACCGCUGAUGUAGCGAAGGCAGUGGGAAUGUGCAGCUAUAACCAGCUGGUAGAGAAGAUUAUCUUCUGUAAACAAUCAGAGAACAGUGAACUAGUCAGUGAAGGGUUUGUUGCAGAACAAUUUUUAAACAGCACUGCAACCCAACUAACAUUCCAUGGGUUAUGUGAACUGAUUUCCACAGUUGAAGAAGGAGAGAUGUGUGUGUUCUUCAGAAAUAACCAUUUUAGUACAAUGACAAAACACAAGGGCCAGCUGUAUCUACUGGUGACGGACCAGGGUUUUCUUACAGAAGAGAAAGUGGUCUGGGAGAGUUUACACAAUGUGGACGGAGAUGGCAAUUUCUGUGACUCUGAAUUUCACCUGAGACCUCCAUCUGACCCAGAAACUGUGUACAAAGGACAGCAGGAUCAAAUAGAUCAGGACUAUUUGAUGGCCUUGUCCUUACAGCAGGAGCAGCAAAGCCAGGACUUAUCCUGGGAGCAGAUUCCAGAAGGAAUAAGUGAUCUUGAACUCGCAAAAAAACUGCAGGAAGAAGAAGACAGACGAGCAUCCCAGUUCUAUCAUGAACAGGAACAGGCAGCUGCAGCUCAAAGCCAGGAAGGUCAACAAUCGCAGGCAGCAGCUGCUGGCAAACAGCUUGGGGGCACUGAACGGAAACAGCGCAAGGAAACAAAGGAAAAAGAAAAGGACAAGUGCAUUCUCUUAUGAUGGGGGGUUGGAGUUUACCAGAAACUAAGUGCAUAACCCUUAAAAGAUGAUAUGCCGCCUGUGCCUGAUCCUGAAUUGUUGACACUUUGAGAAGCGAAGGGAUGACUUCUUUAAUACAGUCGGCCAAACUUAGUUCAAUGUUGCACAAUGCACUAUAUUCUCAACGGAGUUUCUAUGGCAUUGAUUGAUGCAGUUACAUUUCAUUUAACGUAAAUCAUUGUUGAAAACAUAAAAGAAGCACCUUUACGUGUUAACAGUGAAAUCACAAUGCUUGUUUUCUACAUCACUUGCAUUAAUUAAUACAAUCAGCUAAUAAGCUAUCUUGGCUAAUACUGCCUCAUUUUUAUUACAGGUCAAGGGCAGUUCACGGUAUGUUUAGUUUUAAUGCUCACAGUAAGUGACAAUAGCUAGAUUUUUAUUUUAGCUUUCAUUAAGUGCUACUCGAACUGAUCACCCCAGUGAAUUGCACAAAACAAAGACAAAACAAAUAAAAAUGGUCUUUCAUGCAAUGGCUUAAAGAUAUGAAGACACAAAUUUUGAGAUACACAUGUAGAAGUUAGACAACAUUUUGUCCAAUUGACACUUUUUCAUGAGCUGGUUUUAUUUUGAGCUGUACUAAUCUGAAGGAAUGCACGGAGACAGGUUAACAUUUAAUAAUGGUAUCUCUUGCUUCAAGUUUUCUUUAACUGAAUGUGCUUUUUUUUGAAGGAAUUUAAAAUUUUUCUGACAAUAAUCAAUUUUGUGGAAAUGUGUGAAAGCAGAGAUUAGGAAUGUAAGGUAUCAGCAAGUUAGGUAAACAAAAUUACAAGUGAAUACACUAUUUUGAGAAAGGUAGUGCUUUAACAAUAAAGUCGUCAGUUUUUUAAAAAUAAGAUAUGGAAGGCCCAACUCCUGUUGUUGAAACCUUGUGCUCUGCUCAAUACAUUAACAGCAACAUUCUUUCUGAUAACUGAUUUACCUUGUCAUUACAGGCUAUUUUUUUUUAAUGUCUUCAAAAUUACUCAGUCAAGCAGUUACUAGGUUGUGUUUCUAAAUGGGACCAGUAUCCCCAAAUGGUGAAAUUAUAACAUGAUAGAAACGUAACUUUGCUCCUUGUGGUUUAUGCGAUACAUUUUGAUAUGGUGGUAAGAUGCUGUGCAUGUGUUGUUCGUUGAGAUGUGGCUGCUGAAACAUGUAAGCAAACACUAAAUUGGUGAUGUUGAAGUUUGAAGGAAUACUGUCUGAAGGUUCAUUUUUAUACUGUUUAGGUCCACUUUAGAUUAUGAUCAUCUUUCUAAUAAUGUAGCUGUUUUUGUGGAUUUUAAUACAUUGACCAGUUUAUUUAUUUGAAUACCUCUAAAAGAGCACCCUCAGUUAAGAGUGCUUGAAGCAGUUAUACAUAUAGGGAAGCAGAGAGGACAUGUUGCAACCUUUUGGUAACUGAGAUGGUGGGAGGGGAAAUAAAAACAUUAAACCUGUUUACUUAGGCAUAUUUAUUCAUUAUGAAAUCAUUUUAAAUUAUUUCAAGAUCGGCAACCCAAACAAUUUUUUAAUGGUUUUUGAAGGAAUCGUAUUGCACUUAGAAAUUUCCUUUUAUUAGGAAGUUCUUUAACCAGAGCAGGUAUAGUGAACAAGAUUGUUUGAGGGACUUGCUUUGAAUGACCUGGCUGUGUUGUGGAUUAGCUGACAUCUGUAAUGCAUGAUAAUUUUACUAGGUCCUGCAGUAACUGUUCACCCAUUCUAUUGUAAAGUUGUAUUUGUCUCAUUAAAAUAUAUUGAUAUUAAAGGCACCAGAAAAUAUGUAUAGAUCUAAUUAUUUGCAAUCCUAGACUAGCAUUUCUACACAAGAUUUUGUUGUAAAUUUUCAAGAACAUAUAUUAAAUACCUAAACCAGACUGGUACUGAAAGUGUUGUACAAUUGCCUACCAAUAAAAAACAUCUUAGGAGUCCAUUGCAAAAUUGGGCAACUGUGUUCAAAUCUGUAACAGACUCAAAGUGGAGACUGAGAUGAGAGUCUUGUGUAGCAAGUGCAACUCUGCUUAUGGGUAUAUCCAGUACCUUAGUAAUCCAGUAUGUGCAAUUGACUAUUUUUCAUGCUCUGUAUAAGGACAGCUAAGAAGGAUGCCAGAAGUCACGUUCUGGACCAAAUAUGCUUUAAAUAUCAUUUUGUUCUGUGUUUGCCCAUUUAUAAGGAAUGGUUACAAUUAAGCUAUUCUGCAAAGCAGAUUUCGUGAAUUAUAUUCAGAAUACAGGUUCUGAAUGCUUUGUUGAAAUUUGGUGCAUGAAAGCUCAAAAUUGACCAAAUCUUUUCAUUUCCGAAGAAGCUAUAUGUUGCCAUUUGACGUGGUACAUUAAAACACUGACCAGAUAUUUUAACCACAUCAACCUCAUUUUCUCAGAGAUUUAAUCUCUUGCAGCACCUUUUGGGUCGAGGGUUAUCACAAAUAUCUCUAUCAUAAUGCAUAAUAAAGUUAGCAACAUAAUGCUUGUGUAUUUGACUAUCAAUAGCAAUGGAAAAGCAACGUGCAGAACAGUAUUUGUUACUUUCAAUUAUUUUAGUUUUACUUUUCAGUUUAUUUCAGGGUCUUUGAGACUUGUCAUUUACCAAAAUACUUGUGAUUUUUAAAAAAAAUAUGCAUUGUGAAAUAUGAUGUACAUGUUUCAAGUCUGCUCUAUGUACCUUGUUUUAAGUAUUUUCUGGAUUACAGCAACCAUAAUAUUUGUUGCUUGUUUUGUUGCAAGUCCUGCACUUUUAGAAGUUAUUGCCUUUUGGAAGUUUUGGAUUCAAAACAUUUAAAUUCCUUUUUAUUUUUUGUGACCAAACAUGUAUGUAGCAUACUGCCUUGAGGUGUGUUAUGUACUUGUUGGAGUGGAUCAUGUGAGUUUCGACAAUCUCCUGUCCGACUUUCUUAGGUGGCACAAAAAUUGGGACAGACACAAUAAGAAGUAAUUGCAAAGAAAAGCUUUCUGUGGAACAGAGACUUUGAGUUCAUGUUUUUGAUGUUAAUUAAAGGUUGAGAGCGUAGUGAAUUGUUGGUAUCUGCAUUUUGUUACACACAUCCACUUUGGGAAAAAAUUGAAGAUAGCAGCAUAUUGUGCCAUAACAAUUCCCACGUUCCACUUUUGCAAGUAAACCCACAAUGUUAGAUUUAAUGCUUUGUAUGUAUUUUAUUUUAUUUUAUUUUAUUCAUUUGCAAUAUAUUGAGAGUUAUCUGAACUUCAAGGAGGAGCAAUUGAAAAAUAUUUGGCUAACAGAAUUUCUAGGUUUUUGAAAUCUUAAAAUAGGAAGCAGCAACAUGUUUGCAAACAGGGGGAAAACAAUGAACAAAAAUGUUUAACAUGGAACCAGGUGUACAAAUGAGAGAAUAUCAGUUUAGGGAUUUGGGUGUCAGAGUUGUUCAAAACCACUGUCCAUUUUACAAUUGUAGAAUUAUUGAUGUUUACACCUUAAAACUGACAAAUCUAUUAGCCCAUGUCGCAUUGCAGAGCUUUUGCUGUGUUUGGCAUAGAUUGAGCACGAAAUGCUAAGCAGUGAGUGGUAUCGGAAUAGUCUCUUGUAAAUUUGUGCAAGAAAUUUUAGGAAAUGGUAUACUGUGACCAAAUCAGCUUUACCAGCUGAACUGUACACCCAUUAGUGCCUAGAAAACCAUCAAAAAGAGUAAAAUGUGGCUUUAUUUGCAGUUUGACAAGUGAAACAUUACUGGAAUCAUGUUACAUUGGAACAUUCAACUUUGGUCAAAUGUCUUUAAUUUAUUUGGUACCAAUUAGUGCAAAGACUUCUGUUGUAGCAGAAGGCUGUGAAAAUUGUAAAACAUUAAACUAAAAUAAAAACACAUUUCUUGCAA